AUGUCAAAUAUCCACGGGAUCUUACAGUCUGAAGGCCUUGUUGCGUACGACGAUGAUUUAAGCGACUCUGAACAAGAGCCAAGAGCCUCUUCCUCUCGGAGCACCCCAAAUGAUAAGUCGCUGAAGGGAAGCUUCACUGUUCCUUCAGAUACGCGGCGGAACAUAAAAUCCCAAAUAAUAAUUCGAAAACCACCUGCUUCAUCCAAAGCUCAUGCAAGAACUCGAACGCUAGAGGAGGAGGUUGAAAAUGACCAAAAUCAGUUGGAAGAUUACAUCCCCCAUAGUUCUAGUUCCACACCCCUGCCUACGCAGGGUGAUCCACCCUCAGAUGAUGCCCCCGACGAGCUGAGCCAGAUUCGCGCACUUUUGAAGCCGCCACCCAUUCCUGGUUCUGAGGACUUUGGCAUUCCGCCGCCAUCCACGGAACCCUGUAAUGCCACUAUUGAAGCCAAACUUGCACAAUUUCAUGCUUUAAAACGUGAUUCAAAGAAUCCGAAGCAUUUCAAUGAUUCUCUGAUGUCAAACCGAACAUUCCGCAACCCUCACUUGUAUGCAAAACUUGUCGAGUUUGUGGACGUAGACGAACGGACUACCAACUUUCCAAAGGAUAUAUGGGACCCCGAAGCUGUCCGUGAUGAAUGGUUUGCAGACAAAAUCGCCGAGGUCCAGAAGGCCCGGUCAGAACAGCAGGCAGAGUCAUCUGGCAAGCGAUCGCGUAUUGAAUUCACGACAACUGCUCCUCCAGCAAAACUCCAAGAACGGGAUAAAGCUGCUACUGUCCUCGGCGGCGGUAGGAGGAGCCGCUUUGGCCCCGGUGCGGGCGUCAGCAGAUCAACGGCAGCGUACGGUUCUGCUCGUGAGUUGCCUUACGACAAGGGUAACGGUCGCUGGAAGUAA